AUGGUCUUCUCUUUGUUUCUGUUCUUGUUUAUGAGAUGGUUUGUAGAGAUUGGAGCGAGCCAAGAUGAGUGCAAGGUAUCAAGAUGCAGCAACCAUGGCCCAGUUAUCAGGUUCCCCUUCCGGCUAAAAGACCAGCCAUAUAAUUGUGGCUAUCCCGGGUUUGAGAUAUCUUGUAUAGAAAAGAAGCAGACCAUCCUAGAGCUGCCAUAUUCCGUAAGCCUUUCAGUGAAGAAGAUAAAUUACAACUCUCAGGAGAUUAUCGUCCAUGACCCAGAUUUUUGCCUUCAAAGACAGCUUCAAAACCUUAGUUUGUCUGCCUCUCCCUUCCAAUUCAAACUUGCAAGUUCCAACUACCUAGUUGACUACACCUUCUUCAAUUGUUCCUCAAAAAAAACACACUUAGAUUAUUUUUUUUCCAUCCCUUGCACCGUUCUCCUCAGCAACCCAGUCUAUGCUGUUGAUUCUGACUAUAAUCUUGAACUCUUGGACCUAUCCUCUUGCCACAAGAUUUACGACGUUACUCUCCCAGUAGAUAUGGUUUAUGGGGAAAAUUAUUUUUCCUUAACAUGGUCAGAAUUGAUAUGUGGAAACUGCGAAAGAGAAGGUAAGAAAUGCAGACUGAAGAGCAAUGUUGGCAAAGAACCUGAAACUGACUGUAUUGAUAAACCAGCAAAAGCGGUAAUCCUCAGUUUCUGUCUUCUGGUGCUUGUAGUCAUCGCACUCUAUCAUGUGUAUAGCUCAGACAAAUUAGAAAGAGAGAAUACAAAAAAGAUAGAACAGUUUUUAGAAGACUAUAAAGCUCUCAAGCCCUCAAGAUACUCCUAUGCUGAUAUUAAGAAGAUUACAAAUCACUUCAAGGAAAAAUUGGGUCAAGGCGGAUAUGGAACUGUGUAUAAAGGAAGGCUUUCUAGUGACGUUCUUGUUGCAGUAAAGAUCCUAAACAAUUCAAAAGAAAAUGGAGAAGAGUUCAUUAAUGAAGUGGCAACAAUGGGUAGAAUCCAUCAUGUCAAUGUGGUUCGCUUGGUUGGAUUUUGUGCUGAUGGAGUUAAACGAGCUUUAGUUUAUGAGUUCUUACCAAAUGAGUCUUUGGAGAAGUAUAUAUUUUCAAAAUCUAUCAAGGACUGCUCACUUAGCUGGGAGAAGCUUCGAAAUGUUGCUUUAGGCAUAGCUAAAGGAAUUGAGUAUCUUCACCAAGGUUGUGAUAAAAGAAUUCUCCAUUUCGAUAUCAAACCUCAUAAUAUUUUGCUUGAUCAAAACUUUAAUCCAAAAAUCUCUGAUUUUGGUCUAGCCAAAUUAUGUUCCAAGGAACAAAGUGCAGUUUCAAUGACAACAGCAAGAGGGACCAUGGGCUAUAUUGCACCAGAAGUAUUAUCAAGGAACUUUGGAAAUGUGUCCUAUAAGUCAGAUAUUUAUAGUUUUGGAAUGUUGCUACUAGAAAUGGUAGGAGGAAGGAAGAAUAUUGAUGUCACAAUGGAGAAGACUAGUCAAGUAUACUUCCCAGAAUGGGUCUAUAAUCAGUUAGAUCAGGGGGAAGACGUGUGUAUUCGAAUUGUGGAAGAUGGAGAUACUAAAAUUGCAAAGAAGCUAACAAUUGUGGGACUUUGGUGCAUCCAAUGGUAUCCAAUAGAUCGCCCUUCCAUGAAAGUUGUCAUUCAAAUGUUGGAAGGAGGAGGAAACAAUUUAACCAUGCCGCCCAACCCUUUUGCUUCCAUAGAUGCAACAAGAACAAACACCAGAAGGCGAAAAAGAUCUCUUCAACAAGAGUUGGCAGUCAUCUCAGAAUUAAUAGAGUGA